UAAAGCAAAUAUGGAUGUCAGAACUGAACUGGUUCUUGCCGUUAUCCUUGUUCAGUGUAAGGCUAGUUGUCACAAUGGAACUAAACUAGAAAAGUAUGAUCUUGUGAAUCGGCUGCUAGAUGAAGGUAAUUGUAAACCAAAAAUGCCACCAAAUUACAACAAAGAUGGACCUGUAACAGUUUCUGUCCAGAUUUCAAUUUAUGAUAUGCAAGGCCUGAGGGAUGAAACAAUGGAUUACGAGUGUCCCUUAUAUAUCAGAUUAAACUGGACAGAUGAACGGUUAGAUUAUUCACAAUUAGCUUCAUAUGAUUACCUUACACUCACUGGUGAAGAUAUUCGUAGAUAUUGGGUACCAGAUUUAUAUUUCCAUCAUGAAAAAGAAGCAAGUUAUCAUCAAGUGUUUCGUACUAACGAAUUAGUUUAUAUUGGACAGAUUGGAAGUGUUACUUAUUCUGCCAGAUUGACGAUUCUUUCCCACUGCCAGCUAGACUUGUAUUAUUACCCUUUCGACAAGCAGAAUUGUGACAUUAUUGUACAAAGCUAUACAUCAAAGGCAGAUGACCUCAUCUUACAAUGGGCAAAGCAAUCUCCGUUCAAAGUUCAAGGGACAGAAUAUAUUUCUAUCAUCGAUAAUUCUACUACAAGUUCCUUCAAUUCACCAUACACUGAUCCUCUUGGAAAUUAUUCAACUCUGCACGCGAACCUUCGUUUCAAAAGGGCUCAAAAAAGAUAUGACGUCAUGUACAUAGUGCCUCCAGUUGUCUUCUUUCUGGUUGCACUUUCAUCCGCCCUACUGCUGGAUUACGAAAAACUUAAAGCUGAGAUUGAUUCGCGUGUAGGGAUAUGUAUUGGCAUGUUAAUAGCAACAAUAAUGUUAUGGGGAGGAAUUUACGCAAAACUCCCACCGGUGGCAAUACUGACCAUGCUGGAUACAUGGAUGGUUGUGCACGUUUGUCCUAUAGCUAUUACCCUUGUUUUACCUUUGGUGUUAUAUCGUCGGGGAUGCCAGCUCCGCCAGGGAGCAUGUCAUUCAGCAUUUGCGACAGAACCAGCAAUCCAGCAAGAAGAGUGCAACUGGAAAGCCAUUGCUGUACUGCUUAGUGUGUUGUGUGUCAUCUACAUAAUUUUCUCCAUUACUUUUGCUAGUAUUUGGAAGGCGUCAUAA